GGUCUUACUUAAAAAAUGCACGCAUUUAGUUUUAUUCAGUGUUAAAACAGUAUUAUAUGGCUCUCAUGGAAAUACAUUUUAAAAUAUUUGGCUUUCAUGGCUUUCUCAGCAAAAAAUGUUCCCGACCCCUGAUCUAACCAGACAAUUUCAUGGUAGCCAGUCAUGCAAAUGGGGCAACAACCAAAAAAAAGGGUGCACUGUGCCUUUAAAAGAUGACACCUCCCAGUAGUGGCUCAGUGCAGGCUGAGUUUGCUUUAAACCAACAGUGUGGCUGCUAAGCACACACACUGUUGUGUAGUGCAGUGCAAACACUACACAACACAAACAGGAAGAGAGCGGAGCACACACACACACACGCAAAAGUACCAAUAUUUUGUAUUGACUUAUUGUUUUUGGAGCAGGAACAUGGACCAUCGGCACCACUUUGCACCUAGUUGACCGCUUCCCGGCGUGGUGGAGAGAGCAGGUGGAUCCUGCUCGCCGUCUCACCUUUAUGGGGAACCAGGUGGAGAAACUAACGCACUUGAAUUACGUGGAAGUGCCGACGUCGGAUCCCAACGGCUUCGACCCGGAGGAAGAGGGACCGCGCAUCGGCGUCUCCUACAUUUUCUCCAAUGACGCGGACGACGACGACGACGAGCAUUCGGACGCUUUCCCACCCGAGCACCAGCAGGCGAAGCACGACGAGAAGCCGUUCGAGCUCCAGGACGAGCUGGGGUGCUCGGUGCUCUUCCGAGAGGAGAGCGUGUUUGACAGGAGCGGCGGCGCCGCCACGCACACCGCGGAGAGUCUGUUGAACAAGUGCAAGCCGGGGGAUGUGCUGGAGUUCGUGGCCACCGGGCAGUACCCACACUGGGCCGUGUACGUGGGGGACUUCCAGGUGGUCCACCUGCAUCGCGCCGAGAUCAAAAACAGCUUCCUCACCGACGUGAGUCAGGGCAAGAAGGGCCGCGUCGUCAACAGCCUGUACCGCUACCGCGCGCUCACGCCGGAGUUGAUCGUGCGCAACGCCGUGGACCACGUGGGCUCCCGGGACCGGGAACUGUACUGGAGGAACUCCGAGUGCUUCGCCGCCUGGUGCCGCUUUGGGAGGCGCGAGUUUAAGAUCGGCGGAGAGAUCCGGAUCGGAAAGCAGCCAUACAAGUUGAGAUUACACUUUUCCCAGGAGGAGGAGCACGUGUUGGAGUUCCAGAGCCUGGAGGACGUGAUCAUGGAGCGCAGGAGGAACGAGCAGAUAGGGAAGGAUGCUGUGAUGCAGGAACUGGCCAAUCACCUGAACGCAACACAGGACUUGAAACAGUCUUAUGGCACCUGAUGCCCGUCAUCGUGCUCUGUGACACUACUUUCUAACAGCAAUAUACACUCAUGUUAUUUUCCUACCAAUUAGCAGCUUUAAUGAGUUUAAACAUCUGCUUCGCCGGUGUUGUACCGAAAUCUGUUACCCAUCGGAAUUUGUAACUCCAGGGGGCGAUGUUCCCAUAGCGUUUGUUUGAUGGUUAAACGGCAAGCCCAAGGAGGAGGAGAAGAAGAACGCUUGCGUAAAUGGCGUAAACUAUCCUUAAUGCUGAAACGUCAAUUGUCAGAAUUUCAGUAUUAAUACAUUACACAUAUUCUGGAAAUCAAUGACUUACUUUCAUUAUAGUAUGAGUCCAUUGUAUCGCGUAAACUAUCCUUAAUGCUGAAACGUCAGUUGUCAGAAUUUCAAUCCGGAAAAUGUAUGUGUGUGAGUGAGAAUCAACAGCUGAUACAAUGGACUCAUACUA